GCCACACUUGUGUGCGUGGGUCAGUGUGGGAUGGAUUGUGACACGUAACUUGGUUCGCCUUGUUGAAGCCAACCGUCCCGGCAGGACACCUCCAUCUAGGGCCGGGAGAGCACAGGAAAGACUUUUUGAAUUAUAAUUUAAUAAUUAUUAUUACUAAAACAUUUAGCAACAUGGAGGGGAGAGACGCGACUGCAGCUGCUCUUGUCGGCAAUAAUGGAGAACAGACAGCUACUAAGAAGGCUGCCCCUUCUAAGAAAAAAGAGCAACCUAAAAGUAAGAUGGAGCAACUCUUUGGCUUCAAGAAGGAAGACUUGACCUCCUGGGCCAGCUUGGUGACCCUCCUAAACCGACCCAUGGACCCUGCAUCAUUGGGCAUCUUCCGUUGCAUGUUUGGCUUGCUGAUGGCCAUUGACAUCACACAGGAACGUGGUCUCAGUCACGUGGACUACAAGUACCUGGACGGUGCCCCCGUGUGUCGCUUCCCGCUCUUCAACUUCCUUAAGCCGCUGCCCAUGGACUGGAUGUACUUGGUUUAUCUGGUGAUGUUCAUUGGUGCUUUGGGCAUCAUGCUAGGCUGCUUCUACCGCCUCUCCUGCCUGAUGUUCAUAUCCACAUAUUGGUACAUCUUCUUCCUGGAUAAAACGGCGUGGAAUAACCACUCGUACCUCUACGGUCUCAUUGGAUUUCAGCUGACGCUCAUGGAUGCAAACAGAUACUGGUCGAUGGACGGCUUGAGAAGACCCGUCAUAAGAAAUGCCCAUGUGCCGCUGUGGAACUACACUUUGUUAAGGACGCAGAUAUUUAUUGUUUACUUCAUCGCUGGAGUUAAGAAGCUGGAUGCUGAUUGGGUGGAGGGGUACUCCAUGUCCUACUUAGCACAUCAUUGGUUGUUUGAUCCUUUCAGGGUGAUUCUUCCUGUGGAGUUAGUGAGUCUGCUGGUGGUCCACGGCGGCGGUCUCAUGCUGGACCUAAGCGCUGGCUACCUACUCUUUUUUGAUGCCACACGACCAUAUGCGUUUGUUUUCGUCAGCUACUUCCACUGCAUGAACUCUCAGCUCUUCAGCAUUGGCAUGUUCCCCUACGCCAUGCUGGCCACCAGUCCACUCUUCUGCUACGCCGACUGGCCCAGGAAGUUUUUCCGUUGCUUCCCGGCGUUCCUCAGGGGCAUUCUCCCGUUCACGACGUCUGACGCCCAGCCUAGCUCGUCCUGCGUUUACCAGGUGGCACCAGAACGCCAGCAGCCUGUCACCAAAUCUUCGAAGCUCAAAUUCAAACACAAGCUGGCGGCCAUCUUUGCUGUAGUCUACGUGCUUGAGCAGUUCUUCCUGCCGUACUCCCACUUCAUCACUCAGGGUUAUAACAAUUGGACCAACGGCUUGUAUGGAUAUUCGUGGGACAUGAUGGUGCACUCGCGCAGCCACCAGCAUGUUAAGAUCACCUACAAGGACAGCCAAACUGGAGAGGUUGGAUACCUCAAUCCAGGGGUGUUCACACAAAGUCGGCGCUGGAAGGACCACGGUGACAUGCUGAAACAGUACGCCACCUGCCUCAGUGAACUGCUGCCUCGCUACAACAUCUCUGACCCUGAAAUCUACUUUGACAUCUGGGUGUCCAUCAAUGAACGCUUCCAACAAAGGAUCUUUGAUCCCCGCGUUGACAUUGUGAAAGCCGACUGGUCUCCAUUUCGACCAAACCCGUGGCUGAUGCCUCUGCUGGUGGACCUCUCGCCCUGGAGGACCAAGUUCCAGGAGAUUGAAAGCACUUUGGACAAUCAGACAGAGAUUGUCUUUAUCGCAGACUUCCCAGGCCUCCACUUGGAGAACUUUGUGAGUGAAGACUUGGGCAACACCAGCAUCCACUUGCUGCAGGGUAGCAUCAACGUGGAGGUCGUGGAGGAGAAGAAAAACUACAGCAUUCAAGCUGGGGAGAAAAUAAAGGUUCCUGCCGGAGCUUACCACAGAGUGUACACAGUGUCCGAGGAGCCAUCUUGCUACAUGUACAUCUACGUCAACACCACAGAGGCGGCGCUGCAGCAGAAUUUCACCAAGUUGAUGGACCUACAGGAACGCAUUCGCAACGGAACAGAAACAGAGCCUCUCCCACCGGAGCUGCAGCCUCUCCUGUCGGCAGACAACGAUGAUGGUUCGGAGAUCAACGCCACCGACCCCAUCGUGAGGCUCUUUCUGAAGAGGCAGCGUCGUAUCAAGGAGGUGAAGAAACGGCGUGAAGCCGGCGUGCUGGAGCGACUGGAGCGCUUUGCCGUGAAGAAGUACUACAGCAUACGACGAGGAUUCUUGAUGACGGCCAUCGCCAUGCGAAAUCUAGCUGUGGGUUUGCCGCCGUUGGAGCAGCUGACGCAGGAAGUGGCGUUCGCCAACAUGAAAGAACCAGAAGCAGAGGCAAACCCGGAUACACGGCUUAAAGAUGAAGUCGGCCAUGGAGAACUGUAAAAAAAAAAAAAAUGUUACUCCUCAUGGUGGUACUACUGGACUGUUGCUAUCACAGAGGGAAGACCUAUCUGGAUAUUUUUAUAAGAUGUUUCAGAUUAUUUCCAAAAUAUGAAGACAGUAUUUUGUUGUGUGCUAGCUAAGAUAAGAUAAUAUGACAGAUAUCGGUAAGUUUUGCAUUGUUUACUUUAACUGGAAAGUACGACUGAGUAUUAGGGCAACAUUGAAACAACGACACGAGAUUUGGAGUAUGAACUUGUAAAUUUAUGAGAAAACAAGUCGUAAAUUUACAAUUUUUGAAUAAAAGGGACCAAAGGUUUGGUUUUUUUAAAAUUUAAUAAAAAACAGAGAUUUGAGUGAGUAAAUACUGAUGUGAUAUUGUUCAUUAUUGCUUUACUCUUGUUUUCAAAUUAUUACAUUGAAUAGCAGUUUGAAAAAUGCACAAAAUGAUUGUUUUUCCUCAAAUAGUGGCCUGAAGUCACUUUUUUUUUUCUCUAAACUGCUGAGAUCACCAGGCAUUUCCAGAC